AAAUCACGUUGUAUUUGUGACAUUUGUCGGAGUAGGUUUUUAUCUGUCACGCAAUAAAGCACCUCCGUCACACACACUUUUACAUGUAUGUAGAAAGUCUGUAACUUUAAAGAAACAGCAACAUCUUUCAUCCGAGCUUCCAAGCAAAGCCAAAGGGGUUAUAAUAUGCAAUGACCCAACGAUGGCGAGGAUUUCCCAAAAAAGCAGCAACCAAUCUACAGCAAGAUACCUAACCGAAUGUUUGUUCUCUUUUAACACUCUGAAAUUUCAGAAUAAAUCUGCGAUUCUUGGGGUUAAAUAACCGAAAACAGAUAGAGGAAAAUUAAAGAGCAUAGAGAUCAGAGAGAUUGAAAUAUGGGCAGUUUAUCAGCAUCAUCUCUUGUGCUUCCAGGAAAGCAAAGUUCCUGCAGGAGGAAAAAAGUGUCCAAGAAAUACACCCAAUCUACAGUUCCUGUUGCAAGGUUAUUUGGGCCAGCAAUAUUUGAAGCAUCAAAGCUGAAGGUACUGUAUUUAGGUGUUGAUAAGGAGAAACAUCCAGAAGAGCUUCCAAGAACUUACACCCUUACACACAGUGAUAUAACUUCUAAGCUCACACUCGCCAUCUCCCAAACCAUAAAUAAUUCUCAGUUGCAGGGUUGGUAUAAUAGGCUGCAGAGAGAUGAAGUAGUUGCAGAGUGGAAGAAGGUGAAGGGGGAAAUGUCACUUCAUGUUCAUUGUCACAUAAGUGGAGGCCAUUUCUUGUUAGAUCUGUGUGCUAGGCUUAGGUACUACAUCUUCGGCAAAGAACUCCCAGUGGUUCUGAAGGCAUUUGUUCAUGGAGAUGAGAGCUUGCUCAUGAAUUACCCAGAAUUGCAGGAAGCUUCAGUUUGGGUUUACUUCCACUCUAACAUUCCAGAAUUCAACAAAGUGGAGUGCUGGGGCCCACUGAAGGAAGCGUCUUCCCCUCCUCCUAAGUCAGUCAGAUCUGGAAGCAAGGAAGACAUGCCAGACCCUUGCGAAGAAGCUUGUGAUUGUUGCUUCCCGACAAUGAGUUCAAGAGCUUGGUCGCCUUCUUCACCCGAUCCCUCUGGGUCCACCGAGACACCGAAUUUAGACGCUUUCCCUGAUUCUACUGGUAGAUGAAAGGAAUAGGGAGUAGUACUAGUAGUAUUAGGUCAUUUGAUAGGAGGAUGCACAUGUAUAUGUGGUCUACACACUACCCCUACAGAAAGGUUAUAGUGGUUGAAGAAGCAAAUUCCUGUUCCAAAUCUUAGAGCUGUGAGCCUGUGAUAUAUUGUAGCCAUUGUAAAUUAAAGAAGCAAGUGAAUGUUGAAAUGGAAUAGCAAGUUUCUUAUGUUAUAAAAGGUUGUGUAAGUUCGGUUUUGUUCCUAGUGAUCUUUUUAGUUUACA